ACAUUGCUGGUGGAACAUGAAGUCCCAUGUUGCGCACUCCUUGAAAAAAUGCAAUGAAAUCACAAGCCCUCGUUGAUUUGCAGGAGUUUCGAUCAUUGAUUAACUUAGUUAAUGACUAACAACAAUUAACUACUAACUAGUAGUUAACUUGGUUGACUGGUUGACUCUGAUCAUGGCAUCAGAUCAAGAAUGAUCGAACGUGCGAUCUGAAAGAUGAUGAGGGUGUAGGAACAUGUCUGUGCGAAUGACAUGAUCGGGAGAUAAAAGACAAGAAAACUAUUCUAAGUAAGAGUAGUGAGUGGUCAGUUUUACCCCGCGGGGAAUCCCAACCCCUCACCGGCCAGGAAAUCAGAUUCCGAUCCAUCCAGACAACAACAACAACAAUAACCCGCCGGGUAAUGAUCCCACGUCUUCUUUAUUUUAUCUGUUGCUGUUCUCCCCGCAUCUUUGGUGGUCCCAAAGAAAGAGACUAGAUCAUCUACGUGUGCCAAUAUGAUUACUGGUCUCCAUCACGUUAACAUCCUCGUCCCGGAAGGCACCCUCGACCGGGCGGAGGAAUUCUACACAAACACCCUGGGUCUGCCAUCAGCUCCGGUUCCCCAUCUACAGAAAGGAACCCUUCUAUGGUUCAACCUCACGCCGGAUGGCAGCCAGCAGAUUCAUGUAGCCUUUGGCUCCAACAGCGAUUUGCAUUCCGACCGUCACGCUUGCCUGAAAGUUGGGUCUCCGGACCAUCUGUUGACCCUGCAGCAGCGUAUCUGGGAACAUCAUCAGAGAGGGGGCGAUGCCGCUCCCUUGCACGCUGAUAAGCCGGGGGAGCAAAACUCGGGUGCCCAGGGCAUCGAAUAUCCGAAUCGGUUUUUUGCCAGAGACUUUGCGGGUAACCGGCUGGAAUUUACCCUAUGACAUGAAUAACUGAGAUGAACCCUUCUGUUUGUUAGCAACACGAUAAUAAGUGAAAGAUGGAGUUUCAAUGGGACAAUGAGCGUGCAUCUCCAGA